ACCCACAGCCUUUUACGAGCUCAGAAUAACACAAGAGAUAUCACAGAGGAGUACAGCAGUAUUAUCGGAUCACUGAAAAACUCGAUCACACUUGGAUUUAUUAUAACUAUGACUCUGGAAGAAAUCAACGGACAAGAGAACACAAUGGAUAACGCUGAUAGGGUGCAAAGUGCAGGCGCAGCCCUAGAGGAGCUGCUGCUCGCCGCUAAGAAGCAGGACUACCUCACAGUUGGAGUUUACGAGUCUGCCAAAGUCAUGAAUGUCGACCCAGACAGCGUGGCUUUCUGCGUCCUCGCCACUGAUGAGGAGUACGAGUGCGAUAUUGCACUCCAGAUCCACUUCACACUCAUCCAGGCUUUUUGCUUCGACAACGACAUCAACGUGGUACGGGUUAACGACAUUGAUCGUCUGGCCGACCUGGUGGGCGCAGACGACAGCGCCGAGCCCAAGGACGCUCAUUGCAUUCUUGUUACGAGCCCCAGUGCAAACCCAUGGAAAGACCCUGCUCUGGACAAGCUGAGCCUGUUUUGCGAGGAGAGCCGCAGCGCAUAUGACUGGGUGCCCUCAAUCACUCUCCCAGAGCGCUGAAGAGACUAUUCCUAGUAAAGAUGAUGAUGAAACGAAAAAGUCAACCUUCAGCUGAGGAAGUCAAGCCUUUCUGCUUCACUUGUAUGGAUUAAGAGGCUGUGACUGCACCCCAAUCCAGAGCAUUCUGGGUCAGCAUGUUGGGUCUGGAUCACCCAGUGGCAACGGCUGGAGUUCAGAGGUCAGGUGUUGACUGGGUCAAGUGGACACUGGGAAGGAGCUGGUCUGUGCUGGAUGGUGCUUUAAGCAGGGACCUGGUGCUGCCCUAGAAUAGAAACCUGUAUGAGGAGUUGGGCAAGAUGUCUCGGAGAUGAUAUGCAAUGGACUUAUGAAAGUGUGAAAACUGGACUAAAUCUGAUCACGUUAGGAGCCAGUCAGUUCCUGGUUGUGAAGAUUAUGGUGUCCAAUAGAGUCUACAUGGACUUUUCUUGUUGGGUGCAACUACAUAUCAGGAAGUUCUUGGGAAAAGCAGAUAACCUGCUUGUAAAUCCUGAUUUUAGCUGCAUCUCGUCCAGCAAGACAUUCACGGACUACUUGUUUUUGCUUUCAAAUAUGCAUGAUUAUUAAUGCAAUAUCUAUUUGAAUUGUACUCAUUUUAAAUGCUUUUUUGAAUAAACAUUUGAAAUCAAACUUUU